AUGGAGGGCGUCGAGGAGAUCGUCAUCGCCGGCGCCGGGCUCGCCGGCCUCGCCACGGCCCUGGGGCUGCACAGGAAAGGGGUGAGGUGCGUGGUGCUGGAGUCGUCGGCGACGCUGCGGGCGUCGGGGUACGCCUUCACCACAUGGACCAACGCCUUCCGCGCGCUGGAUGCGCUCGGUGUCGGGGACAAGAUCAGGGAGCACCAUCUCCUCUACGAGAGGCUGGUGGCCUUCUCUGCGUCCACGGGCGAGGCUGCCGCAAAAGUGAGCCUAAAGAUGCAGGGUAAAAGCGUGCCUCACGAGAUCCGGUGCGUGAAGCGCAACUUCCUGCUGGAGACGCUGGAGAACGAGCUGCCGGAGGGCACCAUCAGGUACUCCUCCAAGAUGGUCGCCAUUGAGAUCGAGGAAGAGGGCAACGUGAAGCUCCUGCACAUGGCCGACGGCUCCACCAUCAGAGCCAACGUUCUUGUGGGGUGUGACGGAGUGAACUCGGUGGUGGCGAGGUGGCUGGGCCUGCCCAAGCCCAUCCUCUCGGGGCGGUCCGCCACCAGGGGCCUCGCCGAGUACCCGGACGGCCACGGCUUCGGGCCGGAGAUGCUGCAGUUCAUCGGCCAGGGCUUCCGCUCCGGCGUGCUCCCCUGCUCCGACACCUCCGUGUACUGGAACUUCACCUGGUACCCGUCCCCGGCGGACGGGGACGCGGACGAGAGUGUGGCCAAGAUGCGGCGGCACGUGCUGGCCAGGCUGACGGCCGCCAAGAUCCCGGCGGAGGCGCUGGACGUGGUGGAGCGGAGCGAGAUGAGCGAGGUGGUGUCGUCGCCGCUGCGGUUCCGGUCGCCGCUGGCGCUGGUCCGGGGCAGCAUCUGCAGGGGCGGCGUGUGCGUGGCCGGCGACGCGUUCCACCCGAUGACCCCGGAGCUCGGCCAGGGCGGCUGCGCGGCGCUGGAGGACGGCGUCGUCCUCGCCCGGUGCCUCGGGGAGGCCUUCGCCGUCGGCGGGCACGGGAGCGCCGAGGCGGCCCUGGAGAAGUACGCCCAGGAGCGGAGGUGGCGCGCCGUCCGGCUGGUCACUGCCGCGUACGUUGUCGGCUUCGUGCAGCAGAGCAGCAACCCGGCGAUCAAGUUCCUCAGGGAGAAGUUCCUGUCGGGGUUGCUGGCCAGAGUGAUGGUCGACAUGGCCGACUACGACUGCGGGAAGCUCUAG